AUUAUACAAUGAUCAAAGUGCUAACAUUUUGAUGAAAUUUAAAUACGAUUAAUAAAAAAAAUAAAAAAAAUAAAGACUCAAGCUUGUUAUAAUCCUUAUUAUUCAUUUUUGAGUGGUUAGUAAAUUCCAAGGGGAAUUGAAAACAUCAUUGGAAAAGUGGGUUUUCUUAAAUUGUUGAGAAUCUUAAAUCUUUCAUUUCAUAUAUACUAAAUAAAGAAAGAAGGAUAAGAGAAAGACCAAACAUUUUUUUUUUUUUUUAAAUGGCUGACAUUUGAGUGUUCUUGCACAUAAGGCAAACAACUUUGUUAUGAUUUGGUUCUUCAAAUUCUUUUUGAUAUAAUACUCUAAUGGUUUGGAUGGAGUUUGACAGAUUAUUCCCAUAUAUCACACACCCAAAAUGAUAAAAGAAAGGACCCAAAUUAUUCCCAACGGGCCUGUUUUAGAAGAUGUUUAAAUGCUUUAACAAUUAAGCCCAAAUGAUUGCCGUACAAAUAUUGUACUAGGGUUAUGAUUGCAAAUAACUGUAUAGUUUGUGGGAAAAUCCAUAAUUGUGUGAUACUUUUCUUUCUUUCUUUUCCAUGCAAAAACGACUGCUCCAAAAAUCUCCUUCCUGCUCUCCACCCUCCUCCACGAAUCGAAACCCAAAUUUAUAAUCACUCAAACCCUAAUUUUUCCCCUUCAAGGAAUUUCCAAUGAACGAAACGUUUCCUCCCCCGCCGUCCCCCUCCUCCGAUGGAGACGACGUGAUCGACGGCGCGUGGUACGGCAACAUCCAGUAUCUCCUCAACAUCUCAAUCAUCGGCCUCCUCUGUUGCGUCUUUAUAUUCCUCUUCAUCAAGCUCCGAAGCGACCACCGCCGUAUCCCCGGACCAUCCUCCCUGUUCUCUAAGCUCCUUGCCGUCUGGCAUGCCACCGGCCGCGAGAUUGCCCACCACUGCGGAGCUGAUGCCGCCCAAUUCCUCUUAAUCGAAGGCGGCAGCUUCGCUAUCCUUUUAUCAGUCGCCGUUUUGGCUGUUUUCGUCUUACUCCCCGUAAAUCUCUACGGCGGCACAGCUUUAUUAGACGAUCAGUUCUCGAAAACAACAGUAAGUCAUAUUAGUAAAGGUUCAGGGUUACUUUGGGUACAUUUUUUUUUCGUGGUUUUUGUUGCUAUUAUUGUCCAUUACGGCAUGUCUGCUAUUGAAGAAAGAUUGAAAAUUACUAGGUUUAGAGAUGGGAAUGGAAAUUUAAGUGACCCCAACGCCAAUUCGACUGCAAUUUUCACGAUUAUGGUUCAGGGUUUGCCUAAGAGUUUAGAGGUUGACAAAAGCGUUUUGCUAGAGUAUUUUCAGUAUAAAUAUCCAGGGAAAGUUUAUAGGGUUAUCAUGCCUAUGGAUUUAUGUGCAUUGGAUGAUUUAGCCACUGAAUUAGUUCAGGUUAGGGAUGAAAUUACCUGGUUGGUGGCAAAAAUUGAUUCUCGUGUUUUACCAGAAGAAGAUGAAGUUGAUAUGAAUGGAGCUCAAGGGUUAUUGGGUUGGGUCCGUUGGUUGGGGAGGAAAGUGCAACGUGUUUUGGAUCAGAUUAUGGAUAGAUUUGGGUUUACAGAUGAAGAGAAAUUAAGGAAGUUGCAAGAAUUGAGAGCUCAGUUAGAGACUGAAUUAGUGGCUUAUAAAGAAGGGCAUGCACAGGGUGCUGGGGUUGCAUUUGUGAUGUUUAAGGAUGUCUAUACUGCAAAUAAGGCAGUUCAAGAUUUUCGAAAUGAGAAAAAGAGGCGGUUUGGGAGGUUCUUUUCUGUCAUGGAAUUACGGUUGCAGAGGAACCGAUGGAAAGUUGAACGAGCCCCGUUGGCCGCUGAUAUUUACUGGAACCAUUUGGGAUCAACAAAAUUAUCGCUGAAACUGAGAAGAGUUUUUGUAAACACAUGUUUGUUGUUAAUGCUGUUGUUCUUCAGCUCUCCACUUGCAGUAAUCACUGCUGUGCAGAGUGCUGCACGGAUUAUUAAUGCAGAAGCAAUCGAUAAUGCACAGUUGUGGUUGGCUUGGGUGCAAAGCUCGAGUUGGCUUGCAUCCCUGAUCUUUCAAUUUUUGCCCAAUGUUAUAAUAUUUGUUAGCAUGUAUAUAGUGGUCCCUUCAGCUCUUUCUUACCUUUCCAAGUUUGAACGGCAUCUCACAGUAUCUGGUGAACAAAGAGCAGCAUUGCUAAAGAUGGUUUGCUUCUUCCUUGUCAAUUUGAUCCUACUGAGGGCUCUCGUUGAGUCAUCAUUGGAAAGUGCAAUCCUCCGGAUGGGUCGAUGCUAUUUGGAUGGAGAAGACUGCAAGAGAAUUGAGCAAUACAUGAGUGCAUCAUUCUUGUCAAGAUCUUGCCUUUCUUCUCUUGCAUUUCUAAUUACAAGUACAUUCUUGGGAAUAUCAUAUGAUUUGCUGGCUCCUAUCCCUUGGAUAAAAAAGAAGCUUCAGAAGUUUCAGAAGAAUGACAUGCUUCAGUUGGUCCCAGAAAAAAGUGAGGAGUACCCGUCAGAAAAUCAGGUCCUGAAUAGUCUUCGGAGACCACUAAUGCCUGAAAGUGUGUUUAAGUCUCCUAGGAUGGGUGAAAUUGACAUUCAGGGACAAGAUCUUUCUGUAUAUCCAAUCAGCCGAACCUCGCCUAUACCAAAGCAGACAUUUGAUUUUGUGCAGUACUAUGCAUUUAAUUUGACAAUAUUUGCCCUGACCAUGAUAUAUUCAUCAUUUGCUCCACUUGUGGUGCCAGUGGGUGCAGUUUAUUUUGGAUAUAGGUAUAUGGUUGAUAAGUACAACUUUCUCUUUGUAUAUAGAGUCCGGGGGUUUCCUGCUGGCAAUGAUGGAAGGCUGAUGGAUACAGUGUUGUGUAUCAUGCGGUUUUGCGUUGACUUAUUCCUCCUCUCAAUGCUUUUAUCCUUUGCAGUCAAAGGAGACUCCACAAAGCUGCAAGCCAUAUUUACACUUGGAUUGGUAGUAAUUUACAAACUAUUGCCUUCUGAUAGUGAUAGUUUUCAACCAUCCCUUUUGGAAGGCAUGCAAAAUAUAGACAGCAUUGUUGAUGGACCCAUUGAUUAUGAGGUUUUCUCACAACCCAAAUUUGAUUGGGAUACAUAUAAUUCAUGAUUAAGGCAUCGACACUUCCACCAAUUAAUAUGUAUUAUAUUUCAUUUCGUUUCUUUUUACUUUUUGCUUUUAGUAUACAGCCAAGAAUAUAGCUAACUUGAUCAUGGUUGACAUUUUGUUAAUCAAUAUAGAUCUUAACCAACUAUUGUGUGUCUAACGUCCUACGAUGCUGAAAUAAAAUCCAACAUACUUUUAUUCUGUCUUGCUUGUACCCUUCCAUUUUAGUUUUUGCUUCUGAGCAUAUUUUAUCUGAAUGAAUACUUAAAUAGCUGUCUGGAGUUGCAUGGAAACUAUUUAACUGGAUGAUGUAGGCUAUUCAAUCUUCAUACCAUGUAAGAGCCUGGGAUUUUAGUUAAAAUUGGGAAGGAUGCAUAUACAUCAGAAGUCUGGUUGUCCAAGCAUGGAGUUGCAAGUUAAAGCUUUUGAUAUAAGGGAUAGUUGGCAGGUUUUUUGGGUCCAUUGUUUCAUUGCAUGCAACAAGUUACAUUUAGUAGCAACAUCUUGAUUAAUCUUGUAUUAGUUUGGGUCAUCAUUCAUUGAUGGUUAUAAUGAAUUGAAAUUUUCAAAUAAUGUUCUGCAUUUGUUAUUGAGUUCCAUGGUAUAUUUGGAUUGAUAACCAUUAGGCUUAGGACAAAAGGCCGAAGCUGUGAAACCAAAUCUGGAUGAAAUAGGAACCAUACAUUUUUUGGCUUGGUUCAACUUGGUAAAUAACCUGUGGGUAAGGAACCAUGAUGACUACAAAUAAAAACGCUGUGCUCUAUGCUUCCACCUUUUAAUUACUUGCCCAGCACUUCCUUUCUUUUGGAAUAUACCGUUGUGAAUUUGGCCACUAGCAACAACAAUAACAUGAAUGGAAAGCCUGUUGAUAUAGAAAGUCUGAAAGGUGGGAAAGAGGGCGCGAAUUGAACAUUCUUUCUCAAGCAGAGCAGGAGAUAGGGGGAAAAUGUCAGCCUCGCAGUUCUUAGAACGUGAUCCUGAUAGAAGACAUCAUUUUUAUUAAUUGUAUAACCAUUAUAACGAUAUUUGCCACUAAACAGGAAAGAUAUCAAGCGGAAAACAAGAUCCAAAGCAUUGGAUGCCUUGUAAUUUCUCACUAAGUUGGAGAUAUUGUAUUAUAAAUGCUUACAGAGAGCAGAAUCGUAUAUGAGAAAAUAUGUGAAACAAUCAUCUAUAUAAUCCUGAAAUGGGAGGAGAAAAGUUCGACGUGAGGAAACUUGGACAAAAUUAUUUGUAGGCAAAAAAUGAGAACCAGAGGAAAACAAGGAGAUCAAUGCCAACAAAUCCUAUAUCCACUCUUAGCCAAGGAAAUGGUAUCUCUCCUUCACUUGUGCAAGAAAGGUCUACAAUCCAAUGCCUCUUCAGUCAUCAGUGAUCUCUCUUUCUCUUUCUCUUUGGGUGGAUUGUCUUUAAAUUAAUGGACGGUUUUUAUUUAUUGCUAUUUGAAUGAGAGAUUAAUUAAAAAAAAAAAAAAGUCACAAGUUACUGUGUUUUUGCUUGUGACUUCGAAUUUUGCUUCUUCUUUGGAGUGGAAGGCCGAAGAGAGAAUUAUGCAGCAUUUACCAGUUAAAAGCAAUCUUCUUGAUUCAGGAUCAGAGGCCAAUAAGUUUGGCUUUGGAGGUAAUGAGCAGCCCCUUUGCCCAAAGCCUCGCCGCCUUGGACCUGCCAUUCCUGAGUUUCUCAAGCCCUUCAGAUGUAGCAAACACAGCCAACCCAGUACUGAAGGGAGAAGUGGAGUUCUGAGCAUGAUUGCUGACAAGACAAUUGAUGGAAGAGAAUCAGCAUGCACUGGCUGCUCGCCAUCCUGUUAUGCAGGGUCACCUCCAGGGAGAACAGGUAAUCCAUUGGUUCAUGACGUGCAGUUCAUUCAUCAAAUGGAGCUUCUGUCACCCUUCACUCGAACCAGGCUUUCAGAUAAAUUUGGCAUCACCUCUACCUCUUCUGUUUGAGCAUUAAUUGAAAUGAGGUUUCUUGCAGUAAAAGUACCCUUUGGUGGGCAUUUUUGGUAGCUUAACUUUAGUACCACUAUGUCUUUUUC